AUGGCAUCGCCAGGCGCCUGGCUCGAGACCGCCUGCAUCCUAGUUUCAACUCCCGCCCGAAAGAGUCGCAAAGCUCUGAAUCCGGCCCACGUACGCCGGGAGACGUUGAAGGCGAUUCCCGAGGGUUGUUCAGACUAUUGCGAUCAGAUAGAGAGGUUCUGA